AGAGAGAGAGAAGGGUGGGCUCUGGCCGUGAGACGAGGCAUUCAGUUCUUGGUUGAAAGCCGUCGAGUGAACAAGUCGGCAAUCGCGGUCCUCCCGUUUGUCGAUUUUUUUUGGUUCGGUUUUUCCAUAGCGUGGUUUAUAUAUUUUAAUCAUCAUCCACCCACUUUUUUUCGGUUGAUUUUUCUUUCCUCUUCAUUUUUCUUUGCCUUUGUGAAAGGGGAAAUUUCGAAUCGCAAUUUUGAGCUUUUCUGUCUCGAUUUUUCCGUAUAGCGUGCUUCGUCGUCGUCGUGUAUGUGUGUGUGUUGAGUUUGCGCCCUUAUCUCCCUACCCCAAGGAAAGGAAGCCAGCCAGCCCCCACACAGCAGUACUACUACUAACUCCACCGCCAUUUUUGUGCUCUUGGGGUCGUCCAGCAACGCCCGUCUGAGAGUAUCUCUCCACUUUGAGCUGCCGAGGGAAGACAAAAAAGGAAGGGGAAGCCAAAAUGGAGUCGGGAGAUGAAGCCAACAACGACUCGACGACCAAGGGUGGUCAUCGUGGCAAGAAUUCUACCACCAACAGUGAAGGCGCUAGCAGCAGCAGCAACAGCUCUAGCAACAGUCACGGCCGCCCUCAUCAGGUCGUGGAUAAUACCGAUGCGGCGGUCAGUGCAGGUGCCGCAACUUGCCUCUGCGGCCAUCGUUCGUCUGCUGCAGGCUCGUCGUCGUCGUCGGCCGAAUUGCCGCCCCUGCCAGUCAUUUCCCUGACGGUGGCGCCCACCACUGGCGGCCAAUUUGAGCUCAAAGUCAGCAAGCUCGAGACCAUUGACAAUUUGAAAAAGACAAUCUCCAAGCGUCUGAAAGUGCCCAAAGAACGGAUAUGCCUCCUCUGGAAGGAUAGACAUUUGCGGGACGGAACACUGCGGGAGCAUGGAGUUUGUGACGGAAGUCGACUGACACUUUUGCCCAGCGUGGAAACUGGUCUUUUGACUCAACGUCCGGAACAGAGCGUGAUGCAAGCACUGGAAAGCCUUAACGACAGCCAGGUGAACGAUUUCCUGUCGGGUAAAGCGCCGUUGAAUUUGACAAUGCGCCUGGGCGAUCACAUGAUGUUGAUCCAGCUGCAGCUCUCGGCCGUGGCUCCGACUGCCUCGUCUUCAGCCCACCGACGCCCAGCCGUCAGCCAUCAUCAACCUUCGACCUCAUCAUCAUCGACCAGCAGUCGAUCCGCUUCCUCCACAAUGGCAGAGAAUAGCAGCAACAGCGCCAGCACCCCGAUACCUAGCACUUCUUCUUCUUCUUCAUCAAUAUCGUCGUCGUCGUCGGGUCUGUCGGCCAUGUUGAACGCUCCCCUCCGCCAGACGCUACCCACUCCACCCCCAUCGAGGGCUCCUUCUCCCUCGCUCCUGGCAGCAGCGGCCAAAGCAGCCGCCUCCUCAGCAUCUUCUGUUUCGAUCCCGUGUGCGUCACCGUCGGUCGCUUCGGUAGUUCCACCCAUCGUCAAAUUGGAGAAGCCAUCGUCGUCGUCGUCACUGCCACCAACACCACCGACAGCCGCCGCCGCUGCUUCUGCCACUAAUAGCAGCACAUCAGCUGUUCCUCCUCCAGCUCCUUCCAUUGGUUGCGGCGUGGCUGGAUGCGUCGGAUGCGAAACGUGUGACAUGCGGCCCGUGCUGGACACUAGGGCCCUGGCCGAAGCUUCGCGCAAUCUGACGCAGACUCUCAAGCAGCUCUCGUCCGAAGUGCUCACCUCCAGAAGCACCAACGAAAGUAGCGGACGGAGUCGUCGUCGUCAAGGUGCCAUCAUCGAGAGUAUGCAUCAUCACGGCAAAGGUGUCUACUCGGGCACUUUCUCAGGUACACUGAAUCCAGCUCUGCAAGACCGCCAGGGCCGCCCCAAGCGCGACAUUAGCACGAUUAUUCACAUCCUCAAUGAUUUGCUGUGCGCCACACCUCAAUAUCGUCGCGUGUUGAACGCUCACGCCGCCGCUGCUGCGGCUGCAGCUGCCGCGGCCGCUUCUGCCUCCUCGUCGUCGUCGGCUCCUUCCGCCCAGGCUGGUGGUGCAUCAUCUGCCAAUCAAGCCGUCCCCGCGGCGGGUUCCAGCAGCCGACAGACUCCCACUCCGAUGGAACAGGACGACACGGACAUGGCGGCUGCAGCUGCGGCACAAAUGGCGGCCGCUGCCGCCCUCCAUCGCAAGAAUCCGGGUAAGGCAGGCCUGCCAAACCUGCUACUCCUUAGAGAAGAGACUCGCCGACUAGCCGAGGAGAAUCAGGCGACCCGCGGCAAACUGGAACAACUUCGUAUGGUGAUGGAGGAGCGUCGUGCCCGUCGACGUGCUCGCCGCGAGGCAAGAGCCGCCCCUUACAGUACGGCCGGCAACUGGUCGUCCAAAAACGGCGGAGGAGUCGCCGCUGCCGCUUCGUUGGUCAACAACACGCUGACUGGGUGCGGCGCAUCAACAACAGCAGCAGCAGCAGCCGGUUUUGGCGGUGUUCAAGCCCACGCAGCCAACGCCACCACCACCACCACAGCCCCAGCCGGAUCUCUGGAUUGCGAGGCGACAGCCGCCGCCGCCUCUUCCGACAGCAGCAUGGACACGAGCGACGCUAGCAGCACGGCCGAACUGGUCCGCGAGCUCAACACGGAACCAGUGGUCGCGUGAUAACAUGAUUUACAAUGUGCGCAGAAGAAUUGAAUGGAAUGGAAUGCAUGGCGAAGAUUUUUGGCAAGCCCACCCCCCGCGAACGACAACCGUUUAACUCUCUCAGACUGUGACGACCACACUCCUCCUCCCUCCCCGCCACCCCUCAUCAACCGAGAGAGAUAUGCUGUUCGUGCCAGAUUUCAACGUGUCCGUAAAACACGAUUUUUCUUUUCUCUCUUUUUUUUUUAAAUUUGAUUUCGUAAGAGUAAAUGCCAGAGGGUUAGACUCGUUGAAAUUCCGUGGGAUUGAUCCUCCUCCUCAAACUAAAUUUUUUUUUUGAAAAGAAUCAGAUGACGUCAAAACCACACACACCCUCCCACCCUACGAUAGGGUUUUCUAUUUCUCUUGUUAGUUUGUGUCGUCUGUAAAUACCCCGCACUACGUGUGUAGUUUUUCCCCAUGUCGUUCUCUCUCUUCUCACUAAGGAAAAAAAAUGAAAAAAAAAAGUUUGAACGCUGAAACACUUCGUGCUUUCCCUUCUCCUACUCCCGUUCGUCAUCAAAUUGUGCUGCCGCCCACAAGAAACGGGUGUUUCCACCCACUCUGCGAGGCUUUGAUGAUGAAAAAAAUAUUUUGUUCUCUUGUGUCAUCCAUAUGUGCACUGUGCCACGUCCUCUUCUACUCCCCCCUCUCAAAAACAAAGAGACAGACUUCCGCCAUUUGCGUAUGUGUUUGAAUUUUUUUAUAAAUAGUUCCCCCCCACUUAUUUCAAUCAUUUUUCUCAUUUCUUUUCUUUUUUUUUCUAAAUAUUUGUUCAAUUCGUCUCCCGAUUCCCACCGUUGUAUGUCUUUUGUGUGAUUGGGCCCGUUUAAGAUGUGCGUGAUUUCUUUCUCCUCCUUUUUUUCGGGAAAUUCCCCUCCUCCAUCGUAGUAACGACGACGACGACGUCGGCGGCUCGAUGACACAACAAUUGUCAAUUGGAGACCGCGGGUCUAAUUUUAUAUACAUAUUAUAUAUAUAUUUGUCUUGUGUGUGUGUGUGUAUCUGUGCGAAUGAAAUUUGUGUGUUCCCCCAUUUACAACAAUUUCCUCUGCAAAGAAAAGAAAAAUGAGAAAAAAAAACUUUCCAAAAAGACGAUCAAUGGGGGGAGCAGGAAAAAUAAGUUUUUCUUUCUUCAUGAUUGUACGGGAUUAUAAAAGAAUUUCAUCGCGGGAGUUAUGGCUGCGUUUGUUGGGUUAAAUUGUUCGUCUUCUACAUGGAGUGAUGCAUUAACUAGGAUAAUUUUCAAAUUUUGUUUCCUUCACUUUUCUUUUUUUUUUUAAUUGAAGAUGAAAAAGAAUGGAGAUGAUAGUUUUGAAUUAGGUAAUUAAGGUUCGAUUACUCGUAUGUUUGGCUUUCCCUCCCCUCCAUUAUUUUUUUUGCUAUUUUUUUUCGUCAUUUGUAUAAAAACGAAUGAAAACGGUGUAGUCCUUUGGAUUUUUUGAUGUCACGAUUUUUUUUUUUCAAGUUCCAUGUGACGUGGUUCGCAAAACUUUUAUUUGGUAUUUUGGAUUCCUUGAUUUAGAAAUUGAAACAGAAGCUUGUGUUUGGGUUGGAAAAAUUGAUUUUGAAAUAGAAAGAAAAAGGCAACACUAAAAUUUAAAUCUUUUAAUGAUGGGAUUGAAAGCAUUUUUUUUUUCUUGUGUAUUCGUUAAACUUGAAUUGGCGGUUGAAUUUUUUUCGUGAGUUAAAAAAGGUGAAAUAGAAAAUAAAUUGGCGUUAGUUUCUCUGCUUCUAAUCCCUCCCCUACUUUAAUUUCUUAUUCCCUUCUUUAUUGAAUUCGUUCUUUCAUAAUGUAUUUUGGGGCAAUUGUUUCGUAUUUGUCUACCUAAAAAGUGAGAAAGAAAUAAUAAAAUGAUUUUGUAUGUUGAAA